AUGUCGUCAAACCGGAUAGCACCCGCUCCUGCUCCCACUCGAGAUGAAGAUGAUCGAGUGCCCGCCAUUUUAUCCACGUGGCUCUCCCGCUACAUCAAGAGGUAUCAACUAGCUUCACAAGAACGGAAUUCCUCUACGAACCUCAUUGAUGGCACCCUCGCCCGCCAGCUUGUUACCCGUGAUGAAGUGUUCGACCGACAGCUCUCUCUUGCGUGGCCCCAGUUCGUCCUCGGGAUUAUUUCGCUGGCGUUGGUAUUUUCCGAUGUCCCUCGCUCUGGGUUGGGCGUGGCUAGUGUCUUGGACAUUUACCCGUCUCUCCAGCCCGAUGAGACGAUGGGGUUCGGCACAUCUUGGAAUUAUUCAGUGUUCUCGGCAACUAAGGCUGAGGCUUCUAGUGGCACAGUUAAGGCGCGCGUGUGGAGCUACAAAUUCGACUCCACUUCCAUCGUUUGGAGGGUAUUCGCAGGAUUCUUGGACUUGAAAGAAUUUCCAGACGUUUUUCAUACAGCGAAAAGUGCUCCGAUGAAUUCUUCAGCAGUGAGUUGGCCUUUGCGAUGGUCGAUUCCCUUGUAG